UCGUCUCCAAUUGCAUACCGUUUUCCAUAAACAUUUGCAGACGCUUUUUUGCCUUUCCUCAAAGUAAAGUUCUGUUUUCAAACAAAUAAACUUAUUUCGACAGAAAAAUGGAUGAAAUGCAAAUGGAUACAAAUUCACAAUCCGAAACUACCUCUGAAUACGCUCCUAGCGAGCGUGCACCAGAAACUGCACGUGAGGAGAAACCAGCUGCGAGCGCCAACAGUACUUCCACCGGCAUUUGCUACUGUGGUAAAGAACGAAACCUGAAUAUUGUGGAGCUAUUGUGCGCGAAUUGUAGUCGCUGGUUUCACGAGUCUUGCAUCGGCUAUCAGUUGGGCAAGUUAGUACCCUUCAUCACCAAUUAUGUGUUCGUCUGCAAGAAUUGCUCGCAGAGUGGGCUUGAGGUUUUUCGCAAAAGUCAAGCCACAAUACCGCAAAUGUGUAUCACUGCCAUAGCUAAUAUGCAACAAAAUGCUCUGAAGGAAGGCAAAACCAAGUUCCUAUUUAGUAAAGACAAAGAAAUUAUCCCUUUCAUUGAGCAGUAUUGGGAGGCAAUGACCACCAUGCCGCGAAGGGUCACACAAUCUUGGUAUUCCACGGUACAACGCUCACUUGUCAAGGAGGUUAAUACUUUGUUCACGUGCGAAGAAAAUGCUGAAUUCGGCGCUAUGUUUGGUUUGGUAACCCAGGAUCUAUUACUAAUUAAACCGAACUACGAUUCCAUGGGUAAGGGCGGAUUGCUUCGAACAUCCGAAGAUGGUCACGGGGCAGCGUCCUCAUUGACGAAAAAUAAUCGUCAAAACAAACGAAAAGUUUUCGGUAACGAUUCUGGUCCCACCGGCAAAAAGGGUCGGCCUAGCUCUGAUAUUAGUGCAAAUGUUAAACUACCAGCACAUGGCUAUCCAUUGGAACAUCCCUUCAAUAAAGAUGGCUAUCGUUACAUACUAGCUGAGCCUGAUCCUCAUGCGCCCUUCCGGCAAGAGUUCGACGAAAGCUCUGAUUGGGCGGGGAAGCCAAUACCAGGCUGGUUGUACAGGACUCUAGUACCAAAUUCUGUUUUAUUGGCAUUGCAUGAUCGAGCACCACAAAUGAAAGUUUUCGAAGAUCGUAUGGCUGUGACUGGUGAGAAGGGAUACUGCAUGGUACGCGCCACACAUUCCGUAAACCGUGGGCGCUGGUACUUCGAAGCAGUUGUUGAUGAGAUGCCUGAAGGCGCUGCCACUCGUUUGGGUUGGGGUCAGGAAUAUGGCAAUUUGCAAGCGCCCCUGGGUUACGAUAAGUUUGGCUACUCGUGGCGUUCACGCAAAGGAACAAGAUUCCACGAGAGUCAUGGUAAACACUAUAGUGACGGUUAUGCGGAAGGUGAUGUCCUGGGGUUCCUAAUCGAUAUUCCCGAUAUAGUAAAUACCAACUACUUGCCCAAUACGUUUAAGGAUAGACCACUAGUAAAGUUCAAGUCACAUCUGUACUAUGAGGAUAAGGAUAAAGUGCAGGAAACUCUAAAGAGCCUACAAGUGAUACCCGGCAGUAAAAUAGAGUUUUUCAAGAAUGGAAAAUCCCAAGGAGUAGCUUUUACAGAUAUAUAUGGUGGUUCAUAUUACCCAACCGUAUCUAUACAUAAGAGCGCCACCGUAAGUGUGAAUUUUGGACCAACAUUUAAACAUCCCGAAGUACUAAGCGAAUACAAGGCGAAAGGAAUGUGCGAACGGGUUGAAGAAUUGAUAAGCGAACAGUGCCUCUCAGAUUUAUUAUACUUGACAGAGAAUGACGGAAGACUACGUCUGGAUAACUUUAAUUUCAGCAAAUUAAAGUAAUUAAGUUUCGCUGCUGUACACACUGAGCGCGGCAGUACCGGUAUUUGAGUGAAUGCUAAUUUAAGGAUUUGAUGAAGGCAAGAAUGGACCUUUCCGCGAGUUUACUUUAUAUUUGCACUCUUCGAGAAGACUGUGCAAUAUUUGAAUUAGGCACAUUAAUUUUUAUAAUAAUUUAAAAAAUAUUUCUAAAAAUGUUAUUUAUUAUGUUGUAAAUUUAUUUGGAAAUAUUACUUCUCAAACAAUAAAAUAAAUAAAACAUGA